GAAAAUCCCUGCAAAACCCUAAGCCUAAGGCCUUUCCUUCUUCAUCCAUAAACCCUAACAACGGCCACCUGCUCUCUGCCAUGGCGAAGAAGAAGUCCGGCCCAAACGCCGUAGCCAUGAAGCACCAGUCCCCAAAAUCCAACCCUUUCGCAACCAAAUCGCCAAAGCUCAGUCGCUCCGACGACAACGCCACCACCAAGGAGACGAAGAAGAAGAAGAAGAACAGUAAACUAGGACCCAAGGCGAUGGCUAUGAAGGUCCAGCCCCCGAAACCCAACCCCUUCGAGACCAUAUGGUCCCGGAGGAAAUUCGACGUCCUCGGAAAGAAGCGCAAAGGCGAAGAGCGCCGUAUGGGCCUCGCUCGCUCUCAGGCCAUCGAAAAGAGGAAGAAGACACUGUUGAAGGAGUACGAGCAGAGCGGGAAAUCUUCGGUUUUUGUGGAUAAGCGAAUCGGAGAGGAAAAUGAUGAGCUUGAUGAGUUUGAUAAGGCCAUUCGGCGUACUCAGCGCGAGCGACAAUUGAAGCAAAGCAAGAAAAGCAAGUAUAACUUAUCAGAUGGAGAGGAGGACGAGUUUGAGUUUCAGAGUCUUGGUGCAUUGUCUCAGAGGGAUGAUUUUGAGGAUGAUAUGCCGCCCGAAGAGGACGAAGAUGAUGACGGUGGAGAAAGUGGUAAAAAAAGUUAUCAAUUUAAUUCCGAGGAUAAGGACGGGGAUCUAAGUGACGGAAAUGAAAAUAGGCAUAAAAGUGACAAGGAAAGAUAUGCUGAAAUGAUCUUAAAGUCCAAAAAUUACAAGGCAGAAAAAUCAAAGGAGAAGGAUGAAAACAAAGAUUUGAUGGAAGAAUUGGACAAAAAGUUCACCUCUGUAAUUGCCUCAAAAGCUCUUACAAACAAGAGCUUCUCAACCGAAUAUAUGAAGAAGCAUGAGGUUUCUGCUACUCAAAUCUUUGGAACUUCUGAGCAAGAGAAAUCGGACUCUUAUGAUAAACUUGAAAGAGAAUUGGCAAUGGAAAGGCGUGCUCAACCCUCAAAUAGGACAAAGACUCCUGAAGAGAUAGCACAAGAAGAGAGGGAGCAACUUGAACGAUUGGAGGAAGAGAGACAGAAAAGGAUGCAUCCCACUGAUGACUAUAGUGAUGAAGACAUUGAAGACGCUGAGAAACCAUCUACGCUGAGGCCAAGAUCUAUAUCUGGAGAUGAUCUUGGUGAUUCCUUCUCGCUUGAGGAAGAACCAAGGACUAAAAAGGGUUGGGUUGAUGAGAUUCUCGAACGAAAAGAUGCUAGUGAUUCUGAGAGUGAAGGAGAUGAUUCUGGUUCUUCUGAGGAUUCAGAAAGUCCUGAAGAUUAUGGUGAUGAGGGAUCUGAUGAAGAUGAUAGUGAAGGGGAAAGAGAUAUAUUGAAUAAGGACUGGGAACAGAGUGAUGAUGAUAAUCUUGACGUAGACUUCGAUGAUGAAGAAGAAGACUCUGACGAACAUGAAAAGGAUGACGAGGCUUAUCAAAAAGAGCUGGAGCCAAGAGAUCUGAAAAGGUUGAAAAGAAAUGAUGCUGUUCAAGCUAGUAAAAGUGAUGAUAAAUCUUUAGGUGCAAAGAAAUUACCAGCCAAUAAACAAUCUUCAACUCAGUCAGACCUCCCAUACCUAAUUGAAGCUCCAAAAAGCAUGGAAGAGUUGGAUGCUUUAUUGGAUAAUCUUUCUAGUGCUGACAUUGCCUUGAUAAUCCAUCGAAUCCGGGCAAGCAAUGCAAUCAAGCUUGCAGCAGAAAAUAAGAAGAAAAUGCAAGUAUUUUAUGGUUUACUUUUGCAAUAUUUUGCCACCUUAGCAAAUAAAAAACCGCUGAAUUUGGAAUUACUAAAUUUGCUGGUUAAGCCCUUGAUGGAGAUGAGCAUGGAGACUCCGUAUUUUGCUUCAAUCUGUGCUCGUGAGAGGAUACUACGCACUAGAACAAAAUUUUGUGAGACUGUUAAGAACCCAGCAGAAAGUAGUUGUUGGCCUGCUUCAAAGACAUUAUUUCUCUUGAGGCUUUGGUCCCUGAUAUUUCCAUGUUCAGACUUUCGUCAUGUGGUCAUGACUCCGGCAAUAUUUUUAAUGUGUGAAUAUCUGACGCGUUGUCCCGUCUUGUCUGGUCGUGAUGUUGCAGUUGGCUCGUUCUUAUGCUCUCUGCUUCUUUCUAUCACUAAGCAAUCUCGGAAGUUCUGUCCUGAAGCAGUCACGUUUCUUCAAACAUUGUUAAGGGCGGCCAAAGAGAGAAAGCCAAAGUCAACUCAAGAUUCUGAGAUUGAUCAUCUUAUGGAAUUAAAAGCACCCAGACCCCUUCUAUAUAUACAUGAAUGUAUAAAUCGGAUUGAUCCACUUAAUUUUCUCACAAUUAUGGACCUGCCAGAAGACUCUUUAUUUUUCACCUCCGACAAUUUCAGGUCUAGUGUGCUGGUGACUGUGAUUGAAACUCUACGUGGAUAUGUCGGUAUUUACGAAGGAUUCAGUUCUUUCCCCGAAAUGUUUUUGCCGAUUUCAACAUUGGUGCUUGAAUUGUCGGAACAAGAAAAUAUGCCAAGUGCAUUAACUGACAAAUUUAAAGAGGUUGCUGAACUGAUUAAGACAAAAGCAGAUAAACACUGCAUGCAGCGGCAACCACUUCAGAUGCGGAAGCAAAAGCCAGUGGCUAUUAAAAUGCUUAAUCCAAAAUUUGAGGAGAACUUUGUCAAGGGCAGAGACUACGAUCCAGACCGUGAACGGGUUGAGAGAAAGAAGUUGAAGAAGCGUUUGACACAAGAAGGUAAAGGUGCUGUUCGUGAACUGCGUAAAGAUAAUUAUUUCUUACAGGAGCUGAAGUCGAGGGAUAAGGCUCUGAUGGAAGAAGAAAGAGCUGAGAAAUAUGGAAAAGCAAGACUUUUCCUUCAAGAGCAAGAACAUGCUAUGAAAUCUGGGCAAUUAGGAAAAGGCAGGGGGAAGAGAAGAAGAUGAGCUCAACUUUUGUUAUGUUGGUUGCCAUUACGUUGCAGUUCUCAUUCGAGGUUCAUACAAACGCAAUACUAGUCUUCUCAUCUCUCUGCUUGUGUUUUGUAACUUUUGUUCAUAGUAAUGUUUUGAGCUCGGUCUCACUCAUACGGAUAUCUGUUCAAAAGUUAAGAAUAUGGUCUUGUAUUGGGGAAUUGGCCAGAGAAAGAGUGGCAGUUGAGGCCAAUUUUUGUCAGACUUCAUUAAUAUAUGUAUUCCUUAUACUGAGAUGCAUCAAUAAAACUCCAGAAAUUCUUCACA